AUGGACUUGGCUGCACCCCAGAAUGAUCCCCAACAAGCGCCUCCCGUAGGCCCGCCCGCUGUGAGUGAUGACGCAUUCAUCAAUGACCAGGACGCCGUCGACAGCGCGGGCGACGAUGAUGACGACGACGACAAGCCCAAGUCUGACAAGAAGGCAGGAAGACGAAAGAUCAAGAUCGAAUUUAUCCAGGAUAAAUCGAGACGUCAUAUAACCUUCUCUAAAAGGAAAGCUGGCAUAAUGAAAAAGGCAUACGAGCUCUCUACCCUCACCGGCACCCAGGUUCUGCUCCUCGUCGUCUCAGAGACUGGUCUUGUAUACACCUUUACCACCGCCAAGCUCCAGCCUCUCGUGACCCAGCCAGAGGGCAAGAAUCUCAUCCAGGCAUGUCUCAAUGCCCCCCAUGGAACCUUGCCAUCGUCCAUGCCAGUCGGGACCCCGCUUGGACGUCAGUCGGGUGGCCCACCCAUGGCUAUGCCUCCCCCAGCAGCCGGCGCCAGUAAUCUUCCAGGUGGCCUGUCCAUCAGUGGACAGGCAGGUGCCAAGGAAGACGACGAUGGUGGCCAUGACGAUGACGAAGCUGCUCAUGGUGGUCGGGCGAACUCUGGAGAUAAGCGCCGUCGUCGUGCCUCGUCCAACGCCGGCGCUACCUCUGCUCCUCCUCGAUCUGGUGGCGGCACCUCACCCCACUCUCCCAACAGCACCAUCCCCCCUUCUCUUGCCAUUCCUCCUGGUUCCUCAGGCCAGCCUCCACCCCAGUCACCCCAGCAGCAGCCACAAAUUCCGCUGGGGUCCCCGACGUCUCCGAACCAGUCCCAUGCGCAGGUCCCGCCCCAGUCGGCUGGUCAGUAUGGGUCAGGACCUUACGGCCACCAUCAUCCAGGCCAAGGGGACAUGUAUCCACACAUGAUGCCUGCAUAUGGCUAUGGCGCUCCUCCGGGUAGCGGUGGCCCGCCUGGCGGGCAACUUGGAGCUCUUGCAAAUACCGCCGCCGCGCAGCAGGGCCAUUGGCAGCAACAACAACAGCAGCAGCAGCAGCAGCAGGUUGGUCAAAGUGGCCAUUAUGCUCGUCGGUGA